AUGUCUGAUGGAGGAGCUGCACUAAUAAAGUGGGUGACCGCUUCGCUCAACGAGGCGGCAGAGAAGAAUGGAGGGGAGUUUCGAGCGGCCCUUGAGGAAGAGGAAAACUGGAGGGGAGGAACGCAUGAAAACUCCCACACUUCAGUGAGGAAAAGCUGUGCUAAGUCCUGCGUCCUGGGCCCACAGCAGCCACUCCUCCCCGCACCAGCAGCCUCUCCGGCCACCCGCCCCCGGCCGCGUGCGAAAGCCUUAGACUCCACAGCGCCCCCUCGCGGCCCCUCUCCAGCCACGGUUCCGGGUCUCCGCUCCCCUCCGCAGAGACACUUCUUUCCCAGCGGGGUCCGCACCCUCAAGGCGCCCUCCCCGGUGUUCCCCGGGGGCCGUUUCUUCCUCCGAUGUGCGGGGCAGGCACCCCUGACUGCUGAGGCCCCGCCUGAGCUUCCAGGUGAUGGGAGCUCUGGCCCUGAGUCCGUUAUCCUCUCCUGGGCCUCCCUGUUGGUCCUUAACCCACGUACUCCCUUCGAGUACAUGAUCCUGGCCACCAUCAUCGCCAACUGCAUUGUGCUGGCGCUGGAGCAGCACCUCCCUGACGGCGACAAGACGCCCAUGUCGGAACGCCUGGAUGACACAGAGCCCUAUUUCAUUGGCAUCUUCUGCUUUGAGGCGGGGAUCAAGAUCAUCGCCCUGGGCUUCGUUUUCCACAAGGGCUCCUACCUGCGGAAUGGCUGGAAUGUCAUGGACUUCGUGGUGGUCCUCACGGGGAUCCUUGCCACGGCUGGAACUGACUUUGACCUGCGAACACUGAGGGCUGUGCGUGUGCUAAGGCCCCUGAAGCUGGUGUCUGGGAUUCCAAGUUUGCAGGUGGUGCUCAAGUCCAUCAUGAAGGCCAUGGUUCCGCUGCUGCAGAUCGGGCUGCUUCUCUUCUUCGCCAUCCUCAUGUUUGCCAUCAUUGGCCUCGAGUUCUACAUGGGGAAAUUCCACAAGGCCUGUUUCCCCAACAGCACAGACGCGGACCCUGUAGGUGAUUUCCCCUGUGGCAAGGACGCCCCAGCCCGGCUUUGUGAGGGUGACACCGAGUGCCGGGAGUACUGGCCAGGACCCAACUUUGGCAUCACCAACUUUGACAACAUCCUGUUUGCCAUCUUGACUGUGUUCCAGUGCAUCACCAUGGAGGGCUGGACCGACAUCCUGUACAACACAAAUGACGCAGCUGGAAACACCUGGAACUGGCUCUACUUCAUCCCUCUCAUCAUCAUUGGCUCCUUCUUCAUGCUCAACCUGGUGCUGGGCGUGCUCUCAGGAGAGUUUGCCAAGGAGCGAGAACGGGUGGAAAAUCGCCGUGCCUUUCUGAAGCUUCGACGGCAACAACAGAUCGAGCGAGAACUGAAUGGGUACCUGGAGUGGAUCUUCAAGGCUGAGGAAGUCAUGCUGGCUGAGGAGGACGAGAAUGCAGAGGAGAAGUCCCCUUUGGAUGUGUUGAAGAGAGCCGCCACCAAGAAGAGCCGCAGUGACCUGAUCCACGCAGAGGAGGGCGACGACCGCUUUACAGAUCUCUGUGCGGUUGGAUCCCCUUUCACCCGCACUAGCCUGAAGAGUGGAAAGACAGAGAGCUCGUCAUACUUUCGGAGGAAGGAGAAGAUGUUCCGGUUCUUCAUCCGACGCAUGGUGAAGGCUCAGAGCUUCUACUGGGUGGUGCUGUGUGUGGUGGCCCUGAAUACACUGUGUGUGGCCAUGGUGCACUACAACCAGCCACAGCGGCUCACCACGGCACUGUACUUUGCGGAGUUUGUUUUCCUGGGUCUCUUUCUCACCGAGAUGUCCUUGAAGAUGUAUGGCCUGGGGCCCAGAAGCUACUUCCGGUCUUCCUUCAACUGCUUUGAUUUUGGGGUCAUCGUGGGGAGCAUUUUUGAAGUGGUGUGGGCUGCCAUCAAGCCAGGAACCUCCUUUGGGAUCAGCGUGCUGCGGGCGCUCCGCUUGCUGAGGAUCUUCAAGGUCACAAAGUACUGGAACUCCCUGCGGAACCUGGUGGUGUCUCUGCUGAACUCCAUGAAGUCCAUCAUCAGCCUCCUGUUCCUGCUGUUCUUGUUCAUCGUGGUCUUUGCCCUGCUGGGGAUGCAGCUGUUUGGGGGACAGUUCAACUUUAAAGACGAGACUCCAACAACCAACUUUGAUACCUUUCCUGCCGCCAUCCUCACUGUCUUCCAGAUCCUGACUGGAGAGGACUGGAAUGCAGUGAUGUAUCAUGGGAUUGAAUCGCAAGGUGGGGUCAGCAGAGGUAUGUUCUCCUCCUUUUACUUCAUUGUCCUGACACUGUUUGGAAACUAUACCCUGCUGAAUGUCUUCCUGGCCAUUGCUGUGGACAACCUUGCCAAUGCCCAGGAACUGACCAAGGAUGAAGAGGAGAUGGAAGAAGCAGCCAAUCAGAAGCUUGCUCUACAGAAAGCCAAAGAAGUGGCUGAAGUCAGCCCCAUAUCUGCCGCCAACAUCUCCAUUGCUGCCAGGCAGCAGAACUCGGCCCGGGCCCGGUCCGUGUGGGAGCAGCGAGCCAGCCAGCUGCGGCUGCAGAACCUACGGGCCAGCUGUGAGGCACUGUACAGUGAGAUGGACCCUGAGGAGCGACUGCGCUAUGCCACCUCGCGCCACUUACGGCCCGACAUGAAGACGCAUCUGGAUCGGCCUCUGGUGGUGGAGCCCAGCCGUGAUGGACCUCGGGGUCCUACCAGUGGCAAAGCCCGGCCUGAGGCCACGGAGUCCACAGAGGCUCUGGACCCACCUCGACGGCACCACCGGCACCGAGACAGGGACAAAGCCCCCACCACACUGCCCUCAGCCAGUGAGCAGGACCGGGACCAGACAGAUGCACAGAAGGCAGGACAGCACCGGCACGGCCCCGACCCAAGCAAGGACAAGGACGGACCUGUGACCAAGGGCGAGCGACGAGCACGGCACCGGGGGCCCCGUGCAGGGCUCAAGGAGGCGGAAAGUGGUGAGGAGCCUGGGCGCCGGCACCGAGCACGGCACAAGGCACCGCCCAUGCAGGAGGCAGUGGAGAAAGAGGGCGAGGCCCCAGAAGGGGACAAGGAGGUCCGGAACCACCAGCCCAAGGACCCUCACAGUGACCUGGAGGCCGGUGGGGUGAUGGGUAUGGACCCUGUGCUCACACUGCCCAGCACCUGUCUCCAGAAGGUGGAGGAACAACCAGAGGAUGCAGAUAAUCAGCGGAAUGUCACUCGGAUGGGCAGUCAACCCUCAGACCCAAGCACCACUGAGCAUGCCCCAGUGACUCUGACAGGCCCUGCUGGGGAGACCACGGCCGUUCCCAGUGGUAACGUGGACCUGGAAAGCCAAGCAGAGGGGAAGAAGGAAGUGGAAGCAGAUGAUGUGCUGAGGAGUGGCCCCCGGCCCAUUGUCCCGUACAGCUCCAUGUUCUGUCUAAGCCCCACUAACCUGCUCCGUCGCUUCUGCCAUUACAUUGUGACAAUGCGGUACUUCGAGAUGGUCAUCCUCGUGGUCAUUGCCCUGAGCAGCAUCGCCCUGGCUGCUGAGGACCCUGUGCAGACAGACUCAUCCAGGAACAACGCUCUGAAGUACAUGGAUUACAUCUUCACAGGCGUCUUCACUUUUGAGAUGGUGAUAAAGAUGAUUGACUUGGGGCUGCUGCUGCACCCUGGAGCCUACUUCCGGGACCUGUGGAACAUUCUGGACUUCGUUGUGGUCAGUGGGGCCCUCGUGGCCUUUGCCUUCUCGAGCUUCAUGGGAGGAUCCAAAGGGAAAGACAUCAGCACCAUCAAGUCCCUGAGAGUUCUUCGUGUCCUGAGGCCCCUGAAGACCAUCAAACGGCUGCCUAAGCUCAAGGCUGUGUUUGACUGUGUGGUGAACUCUCUGAAGAAUGUCCUGAACAUCCUGAUUGUUUAUAUGCUCUUCAUGUUCAUAUUUGCCGUCAUUGCAGUACAGCUCUUCAAAGGGAAGUUUUUCUACUGCACUGAUGAAUCCAAGGAGCUGGAGAGGGACUGCAGGGGUCAGUAUUUGGAUUAUGAGAAGGAGGAAGUGGAAGCACAGCCGAGGCAAUGGAAGAAAUACGACUUCCACUACGACAAUGUGCUGUGGGCCCUGCUGACGCUGUUCACGGUGUCCACGGGAGAAGGGUGGCCUAUGGUGCUGAAACACUCUGUGGACGCCACCUAUGAGGAGCAGGGGCCAAGCCCUGGGUUUCGCAUGGAACUCUCCAUCUUCUAUGUGGUCUACUUUGUGGUCUUCCCCUUUUUCUUCGUCAACAUCUUUGUGGCCUUGAUCAUCAUCACCUUCCAGGAGCAGGGGGACAAGGUGAUGUCCGAAUGCAGCCUGGAGAAGAACGAGAGGGCUUGCAUUGACUUCGCUAUCAGCGCCAAGCCCCUGACACGAUACAUGCCUCAAAAUAGACAGUCGUUCCAGUAUAAGACGUGGACGUUCGUGGUCUCUCCGCCCUUCGAGUACUUCAUCAUGGCGAUGAUAGCUCUCAACACUGUGGUGCUGAUGAUGAAGUUCUACGAUGCACCGUACGAGUAUGAGCUGAUGCUGAAAUGCCUGAAUAUUGUGUUCACAUCCAUGUUCUCCAUGGAAUGCGUGCUGAAGAUCAUCGCCUUCGGGGUGCUGAACUAUUUCAGAGAUGCCUGGAAUGUCUUUGACUUUGUCACUGUGUUGGGAAGUAUUACUGAUAUUUUAGUAACAGAGAUUGCGAACAACUUCAUCAACCUUAGCUUCCUGCGCCUCUUCAGAGCUGCACGGCUCAUUAAACUGCUCCGCCAGGGCUACACCAUCCGUAUCCUGCUGUGGACUUUCGUUCAGUCUUUCAAGGCGCUGCCCUAUGUGUGCCUCCUCAUCGCCAUGCUGUUCUUCAUCUACGCCAUCAUCGGCAUGCAGGUGUUUGGAAACAUUGCUUUGGAUGAUGACACCAGCAUUAAUCGGCACAACAACUUCCGGACGUUCUUACAAGCCUUGAUGCUCCUGUUCAGGAGUGCCACAGGGGAGGCCUGGCAUGAGAUCAUGCUGUCGUGUCUGAGCAACCGGGCCUGUGACCCAAAUGCCAAUGCCAGCGAGUGUGGGAGUGACUUUGCCUACUUUUACUUCGUAUCCUUUAUCUUCCUUUGCUCCUUUCUGAUGUUGAACCUCUUUGUGGCUGUGAUCAUGGAUAAUUUUGAGUACCUCACGCGGGACUCUUCCAUCCUAGGGCCUCACCACCUGGACGAGUUCAUCCGGGUCUGGGCUGAAUACGACCCGGCUGCAUGUGGGCGCAUCAGUUACAAUGACAUGUUUGAGAUGCUGAAACACAUGUCCCCACCUCUGGGGCUGGGGAAGAAAUGCCCUGCUCGAGUUGCAUACAAGCGCCUGGUUCGCAUGAACAUGCCCAUCUCCAAUGAGGAUAUGACCGUGCACUUCACCUCCACACUCAUGGCCCUCAUCCGGACAGCGCUGGAGAUCAAGCUGGCCCCCGCUGGGACAAAGCAGCACCAGUGUGAUGCAGAGCUGAGGAAAGAGAUCUCCUCUGUGUGGGCCAAUCUGCCCCAGAAGACCCUGGACUUACUGGUACCACCCCACAAGCCUGAUGAGAUGACAGUGGGGAAAGUCUAUGCAGCCCUGAUGAUAUUCGACUUUUACAAACAGAACAAAACUACCCGAGAUCAGAUUCACCAAGCUCCAGGAGGCCUGUCCCAGAUGGGCCCCGUGUCCCUGUUCCAUCCUCUGAAGGCCACUCUGGAGCAGACACAGCCGGCUGUGCUCCGAGGAGCUCGAGUUUUCCUUCGGCAGAAGAGUUCUACCUCCCUUAGCAACGGUGGGGCCAUACAAACCCAAGAGAGUGGCAUCAAGGAGUCGGUGUCCUGGGGCACACAGAGGACCCAGGAAGCACUCUACGAGGCCAGAGCACCACUGGAGCGUGGCCACUCAGCAGAGAUCCCUGUGGGGCAGCGGGGGACACUGGCUGUGGAUGUCCAGAUGCAGAGCAUGGCACUGAGGGACCCAGAUGGAGAACCUCAACCUGGGCUGGAGAGCCAGGGCCGAGCCGCCUCUAUGCCCCGCCUGGCAGCAGAAACACAGCCUGUUCCUGAUGCCAGUCCCAUGAAGCGCUCCAUUUCCACACUGGCCCAGCGCCCCCAUGGGGCCCACCUCUGCAAUGCUGCCUUGGACCGCCUGCCCCCCAGCCAGGUGCCACAUCACCAUCACCACCGUUGCCACCGCCGCAGGGACAAGAAGCAGAGGUCCUUGGAAAAGGGGCCCGGCCUGUCUGCUGACACAGAUGGUGCGCCAAACAGCACCCCAGGACCUGGCCUGCCCCCAGGCGAGGGGCCAGCAGGCUGCCGGCAUGAGCGCAAGCAAGGGCGUGGCCGAUCCCAGGAGCGGAGGCAGCCCUCCUCCUCCUCCUCAGAGAAGCAGCGCUUCUACUCCUGCGACCGCUUCGGGGGCCGUGAGCCCCCACAGCCCAAGUCCUCCAUCAGCAGCCACCCCACGUCUCCGACAGCUGGGCCAGAGCCUGCACCGCCCCCGCAGGGUGGUGGCACUGUCCAUGGAAGCCCCUUGCUGUCGACAUCUGGUGCUAGCACCCCAGGCCGAGGUGGGCGGAGGCAGCUCCCACAGACCCCUCUGACGCCCCGCCCCAGCAUCACCUACAAGACGGCCAACUCCUCGCCCGUCCACUUUGCUGGGGCUCAGAGUGGCCUCCCAGCCUUCUCCCCUGGCCGGCUCAGCCGAGGACUUUCUGAACACAAUGCCCUACUCCAGAGAGACCCCCUGAGCCAGCCCCUGGCCCCCAGCUCUCGCAUCGGCUCCGACCCUUACCUGGGGCAGCGCCUGGACAGUGAGGCCUCUGCCCACACCCUGCCUGAGGACACACUCACUUUCGAGGAGGCCAUGGCCACCAACUCAGGCCGCUCCUCCAGGACUUCCUAUGUGUCCUCCCUCACCUCCCAGUCCCACCCGCUCCGCCGUGUGCCCAAUGGCUACCACUGCACUCUGGGACUCAGCGCCGGCGGCCGGGCUCGGCACAGCUAUCACCACCCUGACCAGGACCACUGGUGCUAGCUGUACCUUGACCACCCAUGCACCUGACCAGCGGUGUGGGCUCCAGUUGAUGAGUUUUAUCAUCUGCACUGGGCUCUGGGCUGCAGCCCCUGGGAGGAGGGGCCUUACUUGUGGCCUCCAUGGUAAAGGCUCCCCCUUUUACACUGGAAGGACUAAUAAAGCCCUUUCUUAGAGGGUUGUGGCUGUGUCUGUCCCCCUCGUGUGCUGCCUUCCUGGGUCUUAUGCCACACGUCAUGAUCCUGAACAGGAGGUAGCCAAGUUGAGAUGGACCCAGCUGGUCCAGAUCCCAUGUCAUGGCCUCCAGCAUCCGGGUGGGUGCUCACAACCUGUUUUGGGAGGUCUGAAAUCAUGGGCAGCUUCCUGUGUCCAGAUGUGUUGUCAGAGGGUGGGGGCAUGCCUGAAAGCAUGAAAAGGGCCCAGCUGUGGCCUGGCAUCUCUUGCCAGCCUCUGUGAUCCCGUGUCUAUUGUUGCUUGCACUGAACAGCAAAUGUAUGUAGAAACACACUGUCCUUCCCCAAUCACUGUUGCCCCAACACAGACCAAAUCCAGAGAAUGUUUGUGCCGUCGAUUCUGGUUUUUGGUCGCAGCACCCUUCGCUCUGUCACUUCAAUAUACUUGAUCUAGAAAAACCGAAAGCAGGAAAAAUGGCUGAGGAAACAUUAACAUAACCCAUAGGAAAAUCUCCACUUUUCCUUGUGUGUUUCUGUACUUGUGCGAGAAGAUGUUCCUGUGUGGACUCUGCCUGGCCUGGGUAGCCUCCAGCAAGCCUGACACCUGCUGCUUGACCAAGUGCCUGACCUCCAGCUCCUGGGUAUCGUGUGAUACGAGGCCUUGCGAGCUAUCACUCAUGGAUUGUGUGAAAACUGCUUAGAACAUCAGCUGGGUAGGAAGCUCAUGUGUGCAGGAGCAACAGAUGACACUCAGCAGCACAGCACAGUGAAGACAGGUGGUUUUUCCCCAUGUUCUUCCCACAAGCAAGAGGAUUUAGGAAAGACGAGCAGCAGAGUGCAUGCUUGUGUGAGGCAUUUUCAAUCUGUUCUAUAUCUGAUUCUCAGGGAUGGGAUGCCUGCCAAGUAGGGCGUGAUCUCUGUCGUGCAUGAAGUGACUUUUCACCAAAAGCUGAAGGAAUGAGAGCUAGUGGGGACGAGGGAGAUAGUGACUAGUGGGUUGGAUGUAGGGCCACCAUAGCAGAAGGGAGAAAGUCACAGCAGGUGACUAGUGGAGGAUAAAUUGUUCCUGAGCUAUGGCUGUGGCCUCAGUUCCUCACCCCAGGCAUAGGGAGGCAGCAGUCAAACCUAACCUCACAGCCAGUCUCCAAAGGGAAAGCCCAUACUCAGGAUGGCGUUUGGUGUGUGGAGAAUGUUGGGAGACCUCUCAUGAAGGGUGCAUGUAGACAAGUCCAUCAGUGUGUCCUUUGUGUUGGAACGUCAGGUGAUUUCUCUGUGGGAAUGUUGGCUUCUACCCUGUGAUUCUCCUCAAGAAGCUACGUGUGACCCAUGUAUGUGUGUCUGGGUAUAUGUGGUAGUGUGUUGUGUGGAUGUCAACCAUAGGGCUAUGCAACAAAAGACACAUUUAAUAGAAACAAAACACAAGACCACCACUUGGUCUAGAGUUUCAGCAUGAUUGUGACCAAACCUUUUUAUAGAAUUUCCUCACGUGAAGGCACAACACUCUGCAACUUUAAUGGUAACAGAGUAUUUUAAUCUAAUAGGGUAAAAUUAUGCAGGAAUAUUGGUCUGUGCAUGUGACUCUCCGCUCAUGUUGCAAAGUAGAAGGAUGUGCAUUUCAGUAAUGUUUUGUCUGUUCUCCCCAGCCCAUGUUAUCUUGGGUGUCAAAAAGUAUACAUUCCAUGUAGAAACACAGUUGUCUCCCAGGCAGUCAUGGGUCAAGAAUACUCUUUCUAGACUCGUACAACCUAUCUGGCUUGCCUGGAUUCUUUUAGGCAUUGGCAUUCAUGAAAUUAAAAGAAGUAGGGAAAUGGGUCUUAUUUUCCUGACUUUGGGUUUGUUUCUGUACUGUCUCUUCUCAAGUGACUGUCUAUUUCCUCUGAAAUCUCAUAGUGAGUUGCCAAAUUUGAAAUGCAUCAACCAGCUAUCUGCAUCUGGAAUCUGUCAAGCAGUGGCUGUACUUUGAACAAGUUAUGUGUGCAUGUAAAAUAUAUACGUAUAUACAUUAUACAAGUAUGUGCAUGAAAUGUAUAUCUUCAUACUUUUUAUACAAUGUAUUCAUUUGUUAAUUUUUAAUUAUAUUUGAUAUAAAUUGAAGGUUUGUUGUAAAACUUUAUAUUUAAACAACAGUGUUAAAAAGAAAGAGAAGUCCCAACCAUGCAAACCAAUUGGGACCUACUUUUAAAAAAAUCCUGUGAUUGACUAGUUUACUGCCUGAGUAGUAUUUACAAGCCAAAAUUUGGAUUCUGCUAUUGUUUCUACAAUGACCUUUUGUAUGAAGCAAAAGUCCUUGGAUUAAAAUAAAAAAUUAGAAAAAAACCCCAAAGACAAAAGCAAAACUCCCCACAAUGCUACCAGGAGGUAUGUGGGGGUCUGUGUGUCUGAAGCGCGCUGG